AUGUCAACCGCACCAGAAAAAGAAGACAAAAGAGACCCCUCCCGCGUGCUGGGAGCGCUGCUGGGCGUCCACGCAGGUGACAGCCUGGGCGCGACGCUAGAGUUCAUGUCCUGGGAGGAGAUCCAACAAAAGUUCCCCUCCCCUCUGAGAGACAUCAUCGGCGGGGGGCACUUUGGGUGGAAGGCGGGGGAUGCGACGGACGAUACUGAUCUUACGAGGGCGGUGCUGCUGGCUUAUUAUGAUGAGGUGAGGAACGACAAAAAAGGGCAGGGAGGGGAGGGGGUGGUGGAAAGGGCGGCGUGGUAUUUUGUUGAUUGGUUUGAGGGUAGGGAUUGGCCGGGGAGGGUGAAGGGGAGGAAGCCGAGGGAUGUUGGGGGGGCCACGGCGCAGGGGAUCAUGGCGUUCAAGGCGUAUGGGGAUGCGAGCAAGUCGGGGGCGGGGGAGGGGAGGGCGGGGAAUGGGAGUCUGAUGAGGUGUGUACCUACCGCCUUGUUUCAACGGGAUGAGGGGAGGAUGGUGGAGGAGAGUAUGGGGAUUUCGGCGGUUACGCAUGAUGACAGUUGCUGUGUGGUUAGCUGUGUGGUGUAUAAUGCUUUGGUGAGGGCUUUGGUGGAAGGGAAGAAUGCGGAUGAGGCGUGGCAGGCCGGCAUGGAGGUGUUGAAGGGUGUUGGGGACAAGGAGAAGAGGGAGGGGAGAGGAGGGGGGCGGGUUGAGAGUGCGGUGGGAAAGGUGCAGAGGGCGAUGGAGGGGGGCCGACAUAGGGUGAAGCUGGAUGAUUUCGCACUCCACGGACCGAGGAGCGCAAGGAACUUUCGAGAGGAGCUUCCGCGGGGAGCCUCGGGCUAUGUGCUCGAGUCCCUCAAGCUUGCUGUGGCCGCCAUGUUUGACCCGAGGUCGUUGGAAGACAUUCUCGUCGAUGUUGUGAGAGUAGGACGGGAUACGGAUACCAACGGCGCCAUUGCGGGAGGUCUCCUGGGGGCCCGGGACGGGGCCGAGGCGAUACCACUGCGUUGGCGAGAGAAGCUGCAACAUGGCAGGGAGUUUGCAGAAAUUGUGGAGUACCUGCUGUCCUCGUCGUAG